AUGGGUCGCACUAGGAAAAAAGCUGUACCCAUACGCAGGGGUGCACAACAUACUUUACCUUCCAUUGAACUUGCUGAAAAACAAACAAACACUCCAAGUAUUUCAAGUUCUUCAAGUGUUCUUAGCACUUCAAGCAUCUCCAGUUCUAUCCAGAUGAGAUCGAAUAUAUUGACCACCAAACAUGUGGUUAUAGAAAGCUGCUUAGAUAGGUCUGAUGAUAACGAUGGUGAUUUAUAUGAUCCAAACAUUUCAAGUGAUAAUGAGAAUCCUAUGAGUCCUAUUAAUGAUGAUAUUUUAGAAAAUGAGUUGACUCAUUUAAAUUUUAAGCGAAAAAAUAAAGAAACAAUAAACGAAAAUGCAAAUUUGCAGAAAAAAAUUCGAUUGGCAUCAACUAUUACAAGUAUACAUGAUAUGCAGCUUCAAAUAUUUACUAUUAUUCAAGAAAUGCAAACAAAAAUUAACAAACUAUAUGAUGCAAUUGGUGAAGCAAUUUAUGCUGCAAUCGAAAAAACAAUGUAUCCAACUGAUGAACACUUGAUGAAGAUAUGUUAUGAUACAUUAUUGGAUAUAAAAGAGGCUCAGCAGUUUUGCCGUCAAGGAAGAAGUAACAUAGUCCAACAAAUUAAGGAUACUAUUCACAGUGAAUUUUCAGAUCUUGUAAAACCAAAAACAGGAAAUCGACAGUUUUAUUUGAAACUUAACCAACCUGUUGAUACUAAUGAUGAUCUGCAUUACACUUAUCUUAAUUUGAUAAUUGAUCGUAUCUUUGCAGAUCCGAAUACUGAAAAAAAUUCUAUUGCAUUUGGAAUGACUGUUGCUUUAAACUAUCUUGAUCCUUCAAAAGGAAUCAGCAUGGUUCCAAGUAAAGUCACAGAACGCAUGAAUCAUAUUCUUGAAAAAAUGCAA